AUGUUGAAAAUUAGUAAAUUCCACCAGGCGAUAGGACCCGUGCCAGCCGCCCCGUGUGCAGAAACCUACCUGCUGCCGAGAGGAAUGGAGUGCUUCGGUGUGGCUGCUGACUCGGACGGGCGUGCAUGCAGCGGUGCAUUCAAGAGCUUCACAAAUGCGGGUUCGAUGUCCUGCCGCGGCGUUUCAGCUGAAGUCUUUGCAGCAGCACUUAAUGGUGCCGCCCUUGUAAAGCACAGAGUGAACAGGGAGAUCGAGAGGCUGCAGACGGGCGGCCGACCGGGCAAGGCAGAGGAGAGGAAGAUGGCCGACGUGACGAAGGAUAAAGCUAUUAAACUCACCGUUCGUGUCCUUGUACCUGUCAGGGACCAUCCCAAGUUCAAUUUCGUGGGGAAACUUCUCGGACCGAAAGGAAAUUCUCUCAAGCGCUUGCAAGAGGAGACGAUGACCAAGAUGGCGAUCCUUGGCAGGGGAUCUAUGAGAGAUAAACAGAAGGAGGAGGAGCUUCGCGUAUCCGGUGACCCCAAAUUCAGCCACCUGAGCGACGACCUCCACGUGGAAGUGACCGCCGUAGCGCCGCCUGCAGAAGCUCACGCCCGCAUCGCCUACGCCCUCACAGAGAUCCGCAGAUACCUUGUACCGGAUUACAACGACGAGAUCCGCCAGGAACAGAUGCGAGAGAUGCAGCUCCUGGUCGGUGCCAACGCCAACAACGGGACCACGAAAUCCGCCGGUGCCAACAACAACGCCGCCAACAACAACAACAACAACGGCACUACCAGCGGCUCGGAGGAAGGGUCCUGCUCCCCUCACUCGACAGGGUCCCCCCCACCUCCUGGCGUAGGCGUGGUAGGAGGGGGGCGUGGGGGCUCUGUCAGGUCGGGAGGACUUGCGCUCUCGUCGCCUCACCCUGCGCUGCGGGGACUCAAUCGCGCUCAGGCGGCCCUGCUGACCUGCGGGGGCAAGAAUGACAUGGGGAAGAGUCGACCCACAGCCUCCGCCGCCGCCGCAUCUGCUGCCAGCGGAAACAGACGCUCAGUACUCUCCCUGCUGACCCGCGCGCGCGCCAUGCAGCAGAAGGAACAAGAGUUGAUGGAAGUUUAUCACGACAUACCAGGGUAUGGAAUGUACGAUCACCACAUGACAGAGCUGCCUAUGACAGAUGGGGUUGGCGAAGAUGUCUCAGCAGGUCGCGGUGGCGGUGGUGCUCUCAAGGUCAACAGCCCAGGAGACCGUGCCCGUUUCCGCCAUGACCCAUACCCUCGCGUGCCCUCCUCGACAUAAACGAGGUCAAAGUUCAUUGCACUCUUUCUCUCUCUCCCUACCCCCCUUAUCCCUUCUCUCUGUCUCUGUCUCUAUCUCUCGUCGUUUAUCUCUCUCUCUCUCUUUCACCGUGUCUCAUUCUUCUCGUAUAUGUCCCUCUCAUCAUCCUUCAUCUUUCUCUCUUUCCGUCUCACACACUCCUCUCCCCUUCCUCUUUCCAAGUCUCUCCCCGCCCCGGGUCUCCCUUUCUCUGUCAUUACAAGCCGCGCCGAAACACCAGUUUGUGUAAGCUAGCCACGCAGACCUUCAACCGAGCCGCUGAGGUCCCCAAAUACCACAAGUACCAGCAGCACCCGGAGGGACAAGGUACCAGUAGAUCCACCACGCAACACGGAACUAUUGCGUGCUGUCAAGGUAGCCGCCACGAUCUUCCGUCUUCUUCCUGCUCCUCUUGUGUGUUCCGGUUUUAAGUCUCCCCUUUUGCAGCCCCUUUGUCCAAUGCCCAGAGACCUUUCCCUUCGGUUCAAGCUGCGAGUUCGCUGCUGAUGCUCCUGACGGGGUUUGACAAGAAGUAGAAGAAGGAAUUUGGUGAUGCCCGUUUUCUGUGGGUGGGUACCUUAACGUGUUGUUGUUGUUUUUCUAGGAGGGUGACUAUUAUAAGAUUGGGUCUAAAGUUUGGUAUUUGAAGUAAAUCUUUCAAGCAGUUUCACCUAGUCUUUAGAUUUAUCCAAAAAAAUGAGAGUUGUCGUAGGUUGAAACCCCUCGUCUUGUGGCAAGUGAUUUGUAUUUUUUCAUAUCUGGAGAGGUGGAGGGAACCGUGAUAAAAAAUAUAAAAAAAUAACUAUGAACAAGUGACGAGUGGCACAGACAGAACCAGACUUUGACGGAAAAAAAGGUUCGUCGGAAAACACAGGAGAUAAACACAAGAUACCUGGUUAAAGACUUAUGAAUAAUUAGCGUACUACUAACCUUUCGUACUGAGGGGAGAGUGUACCAAGCAUGCUACGCCGUGUCAAGGACGUCGAACUUUUAACCCUGGGAGAAAACCACCAAGUUUUCCCCAAGACCAGAGAUCGUGAAGGCGGUUUUGAUGGGAAAAGAAAAAAUGACACGAUGGAAUAAACAAACAGUAAAGAGAUACACAAAGAAGCCGAACCUGCAGCUUCUUUCAAAGCAAGAAGGCUUGAACCUCAAAACCCCCAAGGAUGGAUUUCUUGUGACCUGAACUGACGUUUUGUGUGCUCUUCUUGAAAAAAAAAUUGUUCCGAAAGUGAACCUUAUCUUGAGGUCGCGUCUCACGUGUGUUCGUUCUCUUGUUUUGAUCUUAAUCUCAAAGAAAGGUCCGAGGUCCCUCCAAGCUCGUUAAUUUCUAAGGUGCAGUAUUUUGAUAUUCUCGAAUUUUGAAUUUUAGAAAGAAAA